AUGAGUAAUUUCUCUCCGCUCGAGAUUCCUCCCCUUUCCGACUUUCCGUCGAAGCCGGAGGAACUCGACCACCCGCCGCCGCCCUUACCUCUUUAUGAUUUCACCCGUCUUCCCAAUCCACCUGACGACUGGGAACAUUUCAAUGUCAAGUUUGGGACUGUUGCGCAGGGUCAUAGUCGUUCCUUGAAGCUCCCGCAGGUGCAAGUGUUAUUGAAGCAUUACUUCUGGGGAAUUCAUUAUGAGGAACUGACUAAGACCCCAAUGACAACGAGAAAGAAGCAAAGUCUCAAGGUUCAGCAGAUGAUUUUGUUCAAACUCAUCUACUACAUGCAAGAACGUCAUCGCCCGAAGACUUGGUUAGAUAUGCUAAAUGUUAACCGAGAUACUGGACCACGACUCUUGAGAUACGACCUCAAUCCGCGCCCAAAGCCACUCAGUAGAUGGUACAAUUCUCCUCCGGAUGUGAGCACACAUAUCUUGAAUGCGUACAUACGUCCUCAUGACGCGCCACCAGACAUGCCCGACUACCUUAUUCAACAGUAUAUGUACUCAGUUGACAGCUUGCACACACCACCCCCACCUCCACCACCUCCGGCGCCAACACUCUCUGCGCAACAAGAUGAAAUCCUUCGUAUGCAUCUGUUGCACCACAUGAACCCAGGAGUCCAGUUUUCACCGGCCUAUUCAUUGACAGAUCCGCCGGGGAAGAAGAUACCGGACCCUUCACCAGGCCAAAAACGGGGUUCAGAUGGAAACAAGGAACCCCGUCGCAAGCGCUCGAGACAAAUUUCACCCGGUGCUCCUGCUUACCGAGGUCGUCCUCGUUCCCCAACUCCGCCGUUUCAAGAGCCCGUCUUUGCUGCUGACGAUAUCACAACUUUCACCUGGACACCUGGUCUGGCACCUUCCCACACAGUGGCCCCUAUUGGAAAGCACCAAUUGAGCCCCGUUAUCCCGAAACCCUCAGGCCCGCUUGACACGCGCGCGAUUACGGACGCCGUGGAACGAGCUGUGAUGCAGAUCGUGUAUGCAGAUCUGGACCGUGAUCCAACCAUUCCGUCUGCUGAAAAGCCCAUUCGCCACCGGACCGCCCAGUCUUACAAGGAUAUGCUCAAGCUGAAACUUGGAUCAUUCCCCACCACGGCGAAUGUGAAGUUGUCGCCAUUGACCUUUGAUUGGGAUCCAAAUGGCACCUUGUUUCCGGUCCGGGGCCGCGGCCCUAUCUGGGAUUCAAUGUCUUGUGCAACAGAUGCUGUUAUUGUAGCGGGAAUGCUACUCGACGCUGGUUGUACCAAGAUAGAUCGCGCAAACAAUCGAGCAGCUGAGUUCAAAGAUAUCGAAAAAGCAUUCAUCGAAGUGACAAUGGCGAGCUGGGAGACCUUUGACGAGAAGACUUCUAUAUUUGUGCGUGACGAAUGGCUCCGUAUGUUCAUCGAUGGCUCACCCGACUUGAAAAUGGGACAACCGAUUCCUCCCUGGGCGGUAUGGUCAGUGGCAACGAGAAGCUUCGCCCAAUUCCGCUAUUUCCACGUUGAGCGAGUGACUCCUUGCAAAUGUCAACUCGCGAUUCCGUUCUAUAACUCCCAUCAAGGGUCCUGCAUUUUACCUGGCUACCAACAGGGCGAUGAAAAAGGAGUAGAACUGCAAGUGUUGAUCGAGCGAUGUUUCUACCCACGAAAGUCUUUCAGAUGUGUUAAGUGUGGUGAUCCGGCGGGAGUUACUGGAGAACGAAAGAUCGGUCAACUCCCGCUGCGUCUGGUGGUAACAUCUGAUAUCAAGACGCGAAUCCGAAAUCACACGGAGAAUCUCCGAUUCAAUUACAUAGACUAUGAAGACAAGCAGCAGGUCGCACACUAUCGUUGGAUUGGCGGCAUCUAUAACAACGAAUCCCAUGCUCGUCUGUUUUGGACAGAUACGAAACGAGGCGAGAAAGAUGACGGGAAUAUUAUGAUGUACGACAGCCAAGUUAAUUCCGGGGUUCUUAUCGGUGGAAUCCCAGCAUUUCAACGCGAAGAAAAAGUACCCACUGAAUGGGUCAACCAUCAUGCUAUUCCGCUCCUUUUCUAUGAGCGAAUCAUGAAUCCCACCGUUGACCUUUUGGCAAAGGCCAACAACGCGAUGUUGGAGCUGGGCAAUUGCGUGAGCGAGAACAAGAACGUUCUCGAAGAGCACAUCCCUUGGGAGCGAUUAACUCCUCCAUUGCAGCAGGAGUCGUGGCCUCGUAUACUUUCACACAAUGGUGAACGCUUCAGCAGAUUCAAUCCCGGCUGGGCAAUAGUGAGAACAUCCCCGAACCCAGCCGCUGCACAGACUCCUGCACCCUCUCUGCCACCCAUUCACAUUGACCCGGCGCUUCUUGAUCCAUUGGUCAUUGACCCAUCGCUCAUUGAUCCAUCACUUUUCUCCACCACCACACCUCCGGAAUUCGACUUGUCCUCAUUCUUGGACAUGACAGUAUUUGAUAACCCAUCAAACACUGAUCAAGACCCAACUGAGGAUCCCACCAAGAACCAUAUGUUCAAGUCGAUGAUGCAAAGUCCACGCUGGCUCGUUCCAACCCCCGACAUGUGGCCUUCAGGUCUACCUGGCGAGGAAGGAGCUUUGGAUUUCCCCGAGCUGCCUAUGUCGCCCCAACUGGGCAACCGUACGGGCAACGGGUGGUCAGAUAUUACCAUGCCAGAUGCGGAUGAGACUAUGCCUGAGCUUCGAAGCCGACACUUCCGCAGUACGCAUGGUAAUAGACUUAAGAAGUCCGCGAUAGCAAACUACGCUAUUUCAAAGCAGGCCUUGACCUCAAGGGAGAAACAUGCCCUGCGUGCAGAGAAGAUACAUGGAUUUAGCUUCAGGCACAGGUUUAGUGAUGUCGAGGACGAAGAGGAAGAGGAGGAACUCGACCGAGAGAAGAUAGAGAUGCUGCAAAAGAAACAGGACGAUGAUCGAAAAAAGAGAGAGGAACGGAAAAGGCAAGAGGAGCUCGAUCUAAAGAAGAGAGAGGAACGGAAAAAACAAAAGGAACUCGACAAGAAGAAGAAAGAGGAACUCGACAAGAAGAGGAAAGAGGAGCGGAGAAAACAAAGAGAGCUCGAAAAGAAGGAAGAACAGGAAGAACAAGAACAAGAUGAAGGUGAAGUACUGGAGAAAGACCCGAAAUGGACGAGAGAGGACUACUAUAAACAACAAAGACAAAAGGAAGGCAAGAAGAAACAGGAAGAGGCCAAGCCGAAGGUAUCAAGAAGACCGGGGUUGAGGAAUUCGAAAAAGAAAAACACCGAUCCAACAUGGAAGCCUGGUGAUAGUGAUGCAGAUGAAACUGAUUUGCCUUGA